UAUCGCGGUGAUGGCGGCGGUGCGCGCUGGGUGCGGUGCUGGGUGCGGUGCUGGGUGCGGUGCCGGCGAUACCCGGGCGCUGCCGCCCCGCUCGCUGUCUCACCCGGUGCUGCACACCGUGGAGAUGCACACGGGCGGAGAACCGCUGCGCGUCGUGCCGCGGCUGGAGGCGAUGGAGGAGGCGGCAUCGGCCGGGCUGUCGCUGCUGGAGCUGCGGCGGCACAUGGCGGCCACGCAGGAUCACGUGCGGCGGGCGCUGAUGCUCGAGCCCCGUGGGCACGGCGACAUGUACGGGGCCGUGGUGCUGCGCGGAGCGGCGGCCGCACGCGGGGCGGACCUGGCCGUGCUGUUCCUGCACGGCUCCGGGUACAGCGCCAUGUGCGGACACGCCGUGCUGGCUCUGGGCCGCUUCGCCCUGGACUUCGGGCUGGUGGCGGCCCCGCGUUGCCCCGAGACCGCCGUGACUCUGCGCUGCCCCUGCGGGCCCGUCACCGCCUUCGUGCCCUGGAACGGGCAGCGCAGCGGGAAUCCCGUCCGCUUCCACAGCGUGCCCGCAUUCGCCGCUGCCACCGACGUGGCCAUCGAUGUCCCAGGUCACGGCAGGGUGCUGGUGGACAUCAGCUACGGUGGCACUUUCUAUGCCUUUCUCAGCGCUGAGCAGCUGGGCCUCGACGUGUGCUCCUCAAAGACCAGAGACCUCGUUAGUGCAGCCAGCGCGGUGACAGAGGCAGUGAAGGAGCAGUUCAAGCUGCAUCACCCUGAGAGCGAAGACCUGGCUUUCAUCUAUGGCACCAUCCUGACAGAUGGGAAGGAUGCCUUCAGCGAGGAGCCCACCAGCAACAUCUGUGUGUUUGCUGAUGAGCAGGUGGACCGAAGCCCAACAGGCUCCGGUGUGACAGCUCGCAUUGCCCUGCAGUACCAUAAGGGACUCAUCCAGCUGAACCAGAGCAGAACCUUUCGGAGCAGCACCACGGGGUCCUUGUUCACAGGGAAGGCAGUGAAGGAAACCAGCUUUGGGGAAUACAAGGCCGUUGUGGUGGAAGUCUCAGGAGAAGCCUUUUACACCGGCACGGCCACCUUCACUAUGGAAGAUGAGGACCCUCUGAAGCACGGAUUCUCCCUCAAGUGAUGUGGCAGCCGUUGCUGCUCCUCCUGCCCACAUACUGAUCUUUCCCUGUGGCCUGUUGCAAUGUGCAGAGCAGCAGGACCAGCCUCGGCUGCUGCCAUAACAGCCACUGCUGUGCUUUGGGCUGACAGGUGCUGCUUUGUGGUGCUUGAGCUAUGGGCUCGCUUAGGAGAGCUGCCCAAAUCCCUGUGCCUUCAUUACCUUGACACAUGAUUCUGAUACCUAUUAAAUGCCAGCUGAAAAACUC